AUGUCAAGUGGUGAGCAGCAGCAGCUAAAAGGGGGCCAUCCCCCCGCAGUAAAGGCUGGAGGAAUGCGUAUUACCCAACAUAAAACACCGAAGUCUCAUGAUGUCAGGCUGGAUGAUCCAGAUUUAAAUAAUGCUGCAUUAAAAGUCUCCACAAGUCCAGAAAAGGCUGUGACUAUCUCUGGAGCUCCUAUAAGAGGCAACUCUGACUUCCCGGCAGAAGCUGUGCAGUCAUACCAUAACAAACCGAUGCCAUCUCAUGAGCAGAAUGCUUCUCCUAGGCCUCACAUCAUCCAGCAGCCUAGAAAGUAG